UCCAUUUACAAUAACUUAUCGUUCAACCGUACCAGCCAGGUGAUCAAAACAAAACCCUAGUCGCAGCUCACCCACCACCACCAAUGGCAUCGCCGGAGAAGCGAUGCCUCUACGAAGUCCUCAACCUCCCCCGCGACUGCACCGCCGACGAGAUCCGCUCCGCCUACCGCAAACUCGCCCUACAACGCCACCCUGACAAACUCAUCAAAUCCGGCAUCCCAGAAUCCGAAGCCACCGCCUCUUUCCAAGAGCUCGUCAACGCCUACGAGGUCCUAUCCGACGCGCGUGAGCGCGCCUGGUACGACUCUCACCGCUCCCAAAUCCUCUUCUCCGGCACCACUUCCUCCUCCUCCGCCGUUGUCCCCGAUCUCUUCACUUUCUUCUCAAAUUCCGUUUAUUCCGGUUUUUCCGAUAAAGGUAAGGGCUUUUAUAAAGUGUACGGUGAUGUGUUUGAUAAGAUUUACAUGAAUGAGUUGAAUUAUGCCAAGAGGUUAGGGUUAGGUAAUGUGGUUAAGGAGGCUCCGGUUAUGGGGAAUUUGGAGAGUGUGUAUGAGCAGGUGAAUGCGUUUUAUGGUUAUUGGUUAGGGUUUGUGACGGUUAUGGAUUUUGUUUGGGCUGAUGAGUAUGAUGUGAUGAGUGGGCCGAAUCGGAAGUCGAGGCGGUUGAUGGAGGAGGAGAAUAAGAAGAUUAGGAAAAGAGCGAGGAGGGAGUAUAUCGAGACGGUGCGGGGGUUGGCGGAGUUUGUUAAGAAGAGGGAUAAGAGAGUGAUUGAUAUGCAGAUGAAGAGGAGUGUUGAGAUGGAGAAAAAGAGAGAGGAAGAACGGGUGAAAAAGGCGGAAAUGGCGAGACUGAAGGCGGAGAGAGCGAGGGCGUAUGAGGAGCCCGAGUGGGCGAAGGUGGAGGAUGACGUGGCGGAAGACGUCGCGGAAGAGGAGGAAGAGGGUGUGAGGAAGAAUGAGUUGUAUUGUGUGGCGUGUGGGAAGAAGUUUAAGAGUGAUAAGCAGUGGAAGAAUCAUGAGCAGUCGAAGAAGCAUAAAGAUAAAGUGGCGGAGUUGAGGGAAGCUUUCGGAGAAGAAGAUCAAGAUAAUGAGGAUGACGAUGAGGAUGCGGAUGAUAAUAAUGAUAAUGGUGGUGGGGAUGCGGAUGGGUUUGUGUCGGCUGAUGAGGUGGAAAAGUUAAAAGAACAAUUUGAAGGUGUUGAAAUACAGACGGAAGAAAAAGGGGAUGAGCAAGAAAGCCAGUCAGAGGAGGAGUUUGUUGAUGUUAAUAAUGGUGGAAAGGGAAUGGAUGAUGAUGAUGAUGAUGAUAAAGAAAAAGAAGAAGAAGAUGAUGAUGAUGAAAAAGAAGAUGAUGAUGAUGAGAAUAGUGUUUUGAAAGCGAUGUUAAAUAACAGAAAGAAUAUUGGAUCGAUGAGGAAGCCGAAGAAGGUUUAUGUAGAAGUUGAAGCCGAAGAAGAGGUGGACUUGAUGGAGUACAAUAAUGUGAAAGGUAGAAGAAAGAGGAGAGGCAGGAAAGAAACUGCUAAACGAGAUGAAUAUGAAGAAGAACAAGAAAGAAUUGAUAAACCCGAGAUAAGUAGUAAAGCUGAGGUGGAUGAGAAACGUGAGGACGGAUUACACACCGAGGAACCAUCUUGUGCAGACAAUGAGAACAAUGGCGGAGGAGAUGAUGGGCCUGCUGGAAAGAGUAAGGUUUCAAAGCAAGCUCCUGCGGUUAAAGUUACCAGUAAAAAGGAGGCGAAAUCUAAAGCGAAAAAUCUCCCCAAAGGAAAGAAGCAGAAGGCAACCUCAAGAAAUUCUGGGAAUGAAUGCGAUACUUGUGGAGCAGACUUUGAUUCAAGGACCAAGUUACAUAAACAUUUGAAUGACACGGGUCAUGCUACAAUCAAGUCACGUUGACAAUGAAGUCGAUAGAAAUUGCCGAUAUUACACUCUCUAUGAGGAUCUCGGUGGUUUGAAUGGUAUCAGUUUUGUUUAAAGUUAUACCUUUGAUAGAGUAGGAUUCUACUUAUUGGUGAUAUCAACAGAAAAGAUGCUAAGUGCAUUAUAGUUGUAUUGAAUUGAUAUGGAGGAUAAAAUGUUUGUUAUUUGUUAUAAAAGGGUAAUUGUUCACUUGCUUCAUUA